GAGUACUCGGUGCUGACAGGUUCCAUGACGACCAAAGAUGGCUGCGCCCAUGUAAGCCGGCAGCAACCGCUGACCUUUGGUUUUUUCCCUGUCACCUGGCCCCUGUGGUGGCAGGCGGGGUACGACGACCAUGCUGGGCCGGACCCUCCGAGAAGUUUCUACAGCACUGAAACAAGGCCAAAUUACUCCAACUGAGCUCUGUCAAAAGUGUCUCUCCCUUAUUAAGAAGACCAAGUUUCUAAAUGCUUACAUUACUGUAUCAGAAGAGGUGGCCUUAAAGCAAGCUGAAGAAUCAGAGAAAAGAUAUAAGGAAGGUCACUCACUGGGGGAUUUAGAUGGAAUUCCUAUUGCAGUAAAAGACAACUUUAGCACAUCCGGCAUUGAGACAACAUGUGCAUCAAACAUGCUGAAAGGUUAUGUACCACCCUAUAAUGCUACAGUAGUUCAGAAGUUGCUGGAUCAGGGAGCUCUGCUAAUGGGGAAAACAAAUUUAGAUGAGUUUGCUAUGGGAUCUGGAAGCACAGAUGGCAUAUUUGGACCGGUUAAAAACCCCUGGAGUUACUCAAAACAGUACAGAGGAAAGAAGCAGCAGAAGACUCAUGGUGAGGAUGAGGAUUCAAACUGGCUUAUAACUGGAGGAAGCUCAGGUGGUAGCGCAGCGGCCGUGUCAGCGUUCACCUGCUUUGCGGCUUUAGGAUCAGAUACAGGAGGAUCGACCAGAAAUCCAGCUGCCCACUGUGGGGUUGUUGGUUUAAAGCCAAGCUAUGGCUUAGUGUCUCGUCAUGGUCUCAUUCCCCUGGUGAAUUCAAUGGAUGUGCCAGGAAUCUUAACCAGAUGUGUGGAUGAUGCAGCCAUUGUGUUGGGUGUACUAGCUGGGCAUGACCCCAAAGAUUCUACCACAGUACAAGAUCCCGUUAAACCAUUUAUGCUUCCCAGUCUGACAGAUGUGAGCAAACUGUGUGUAGGAAUUCCAAAGGAGUAUCUUACACCAGAAUUGUCAAGUGAAGUACAAUCUCUCUGGUCCAAAGCUGCUGACCUAUUUGAAUCUGAAGGGGCCAAAGUAAUUGAAGUGUCCCUGCCCCACACCAGUUAUUCAAUUGUCUGCUACCAUGUACUGUGCACAUCAGAAGUGGCAUCGAAUAUGGCAAGAUUUGAUGGGCUAGAAUAUGGUCACAGAUGUGAUGUUGAUGUGUCUACUGAAGCCAUGUAUGCUGCAACCAGACGAGAGGGGUUCAAUGAUGUGGUGAGAGGAAGAAUUCUCUCCGGCAACUUUUUCUUAUUAAAAGAAAACUAUGAGAAUUAUUUUGUCAAAGCACAGAAAGUGAGACGACUCAUUGCUAAUGAUUUUGUGAAUGUUUUUAAGUCUGGAGUAGACGUCUUGCUCACUCCCACCACUUUGAGUGAGGCAGUGCCAUACCUAGAGUUCAUCAAAGAAGACAACAGAACACGAAGUGCCCAGGAUGAUAUUUUUACACAGGCUGUAAAUAUGGCAGGAUUGCCAGCAGUGAGUAUCCCUAUGGCCCUCUCAAGCCAAGGGUUGCCAGUAGGACUCCAGUUUAUUGGACGUGCGUUUUGUGACCAGCAGCUUCUUACAGUUGCCAAAUGAGUGCUGCUUCGAGCUACCAGAACAACUCCAUAUUACACUGUUUAUUCUUCCAGCUAUGGAGCACCAACGAGCCCAGCGCGGUCAGAGACAUUUGUUGUGACCUAACAGACCACAGUGGACUCAAAAGUUGGUGUCUAGUGGAGCAUGGUUUUAAUGAGAAAGCUUCAGAAUACCAAGUAAGAUCCAAUAUGAAAAUGUGUAGAUAAUUUAGCGAGGAUGCCGAAGAGAGGCGACCAUGGGUUUCCUCCCUUUCCCCAGGUUCUGUCUUCCUUAUGGUUCUCUUACCCUCUUGACUGGCUUUACUAGGGCUCUCUCUUUGGGCUCCCUGAGCACAGAGAAACAUUAAUGGGAAUCUGUAUUCAGAAUUUUGUUUGUUUUUUUAGAGAAAGGCUGUACCCAUGGCAUAUGAAGGUUCCCAGGCUAGGGGUCGAAUUGGAGCUGUAGCUGCCGGCCUACUCCAGAGCUACAGCAACAUGGGAUCUGAGCCCUGUCUAUGAUCUACACCACAGCUCGUGGCAACGCCAGAUCCUUAACCCACUUAGCAAGGCCAGGGAUUGAAUCUGUGUCCUCAUGGAUACUAGUCAGAUUUGUUACCACUGAGAACUCCUAUGUUCAGAAUUUGAAAAAAAAUAAGAUGAAAGUCAUUCUGUUACUCACUAUAAAGUUUCAUCAUUAGAUUUCUCUGUCUUUGCCAGAAUACCACUGUCAUCUCAUGUUGAUCAGGUAUUUUAAUUCCACACUUACUGUUGAUAAGUAUGGAGCUGAAUUUUUUAUUAAUAGAUUAUCUUUGUAAGAAAAAAAAUAUUUUCUAAAUGUGAAGGGCAUGAAGAAAAAUGCAAGAGACAGAGCUUUCUCAAAACUACCGGAAUAUUGUGUGGUAGGAGUUUCAUUAAUAGUUUUCUCUGCUCCCACUCCCAGAUACUCAGGCUGAUAAACUUUAAGGUUUUCUGUGCCAGGCCCACUAGUAGUCUUAGUUGUUCUGGCUAUGAAUACCUGAAAGAGGAAGAAAUUCAUGAGAGAGAAUUGCUUUUCUUUAACAAGAGAAAACUCUUAGUUGAAGGAGCUGGUAUGUUGUAAACAUAAGCAAAUAUAUCUUUGCCCCAGUCUUUUUUUUUUUUUAACUCAGUGAAUUUUAUUAUAUUUCUCAUUCUACAAUCAUCAUCACAACCCAAUUUUACAUUUCCACCCCAGUCUUUUUUAUGUGUAUAUAAUUUGAAAUAAAAAUGUUCAGAGAAUAUGUAAUUUCUCUUAUUCCUAUAUCUCUUCUUGAGUUGCACUGACAGUUUGAACUGGAAAUAAGUAAUGAAAUAAAUACAGUUCUCACAUCAUAAU